AUGCGGCCCGCUGACAAGAUGGCCGCCGCCUCCCUGGGUGCAGAGAGUGGAGCAGACUCGGAGCAGGGCUCGGCGCGAGGAGAGGCUCUCUCACACAUCACGGCCGAGCUAGCAGCCAUCUCGGCUAAUAUGCUCACUAAAAAGGAUAAAACUACCCUGGUCACGGAAUUGAGAGCGGCGAUCCGGGAGGAGAUAAUGGCGGUGCGCAAGGAUCUCACAGCCCUCGAAGACCGAGUCACAGAGCUGGAGAGGGAAAACCUGCAGGCCCUCCAGCACUCCCAGGCUGCUGAUCAUGCCACGGCCAGGCAGGGGUCGGUGCUCCUGGAGCUUCGCAGGCAAGUAGAAGAUUUAGAUAAUAACGCAAGGCGCAAUAACAUUAGGGUCAAAGGCCUUCCUGAAGCAGAUAAUGAAGACCUUGGGGAUGUCCUCCCACAGCUGUUUACCCCCGGACGAAUACCACAUAGAGCACGCCCACAGGGCUCUGCGUCCCCCGAGGAGAGAUGGCCUCCCAAGCGACUUGAUAUGCUGCCUCCUCUCCUUUCAGCUUAAAGAAGCCAUCAUGAGAGCGGUGCGCCCACAAUGCAUCAUCUUCCAGGAAGCCCCAAUAUCGCUGUACCAGGAUUUGUCCACCCUCACCUUGGACGCCCAGAGGGCGCUUAGGCCGCUGACACUCAUCCUCAAGGACAAGCGCAUUCCCUAUAAAUGGGGCUUCCUUUUUUGCCUCCAGGCCAAAAAGGACAAUACCUGGCGUUCCCUGAGAUGGCCCAAUGACGGAGGGAAGCGCAGCCCAUGCGCUGGGGGUUCCCCAUGGAUCUGAGGAGUAGCCGCAGGCACCUCUGCCCGAGUCCGGAGAGCGCCGACCCUCCCGGACCGGCAUCGCCCUACAGGGGGCUCCCUGGGCGGCAACACUGCGAGCUAA